AUGCGCCAGCCGCUGCUCGACCUGCGCCACGAAAAGGACUUGCUGGUCAGGCUGAAGCAGUUGCUGAAGCUCCCGGGGAUUCUGCUGCUUGUGACCUCCAGGGGCCAGCGCCUUCUUGUGAAGAUGGAGGUGCUGGAGUUCUGCAGGUCGCUGGAGAGCAACAGGAUCAAGUACGGGGCUUACAAAGUGAAGUUCUUAAUUCAUUUGACAAGGGUGAUGGCCAGAGUGUGCGGGUGCCUGUUCGAGCUGAUGGUUUUCUUCUUUGGCUUCACCUUCGGCGGCGACCUCUGGUUCUUCUGGGGCGUCGCCGCUUGCGUCGUAGUCGGCUGCAUGCACUUCUUCAUUUUCAUGCCGCUCGUCGCGUCAAGAACUUCAAAGGUGCUGGCGCUAUUCCUUGUCACCUGGUGGCCCGCGCCAGCCGCAGCUCUCAAGCCGUCCACCUUCGACACCUCCAGGGACGCGGACGCCACGGAGAGCGGCGCCGGGGGCAGACGUUCUACCACGACGAGUCGGCGGACGCCUUGGCGCAGCACGACGGCACGCCGCCGGGCAGCAGCACCACCAGAAGCACACGCAGGCGGGGUUCACCUGCCGCGAGAAGCUGCAUCGCGAUGGCGAGUGCUGCGUGGACAACAACUACGGCAAGCCUAUGGAGGGCGUGAGCCACCAACGGAUCCGACGGCCGAACACGACUUGGUCUUGCGACGACGACUGGUGCUACGACGAUGUCGCGGGAGAGCGGGCAAGGACCUCAUGUGGUGGCCUGAGGGCGUGGGCUGCUCCUCCCCGCGGAUCCUCUACGUGCACGGCGGCGCGUGGUACUUCGGCUCGCCCAACACGACGGGCUACGGCAAUUUCGGCGCGAAGCUUGCCAAGGCGGCCUUUGCAACCGUCAUGGUGAUCGACUACCCGCUGGCGCCCAAGCACCACUGGAAGCAGAUGGCCCACUUCACGCUCAGGGCCCUCGAGUACCUGGCCACCCACGGCCCCCCGGGCUGCGCCAACGAGCCCGGGCGCGGCCCGCCGCUGCUGCUCGGCGGCGACUCCUCGGGCGGCGGCCUCGCGUACUCGGUGCUGAUGGCGCUCACGAGGGGCGGCUCCCGGCUGAGCCUGAACCGGGGCGCGGACGAGGUGGCGGGGGCGUUCUUCUUCUCGCCCUGGAUGAACCUCAAGUGCAACACGCCGACGUACGCGUCCAACGUCUACUCCAACGUCACGCUGACCGGCAACGCCAUCCCCCCGCGGCCGUGGGUGUCCUCCACCGGAUGCACCCUGCCCCGGCUCCGGCUCCGCCGCCGCCGCCUCCGGCGCGCCAGGACCCCGACUCCGAGGACCCGGGAAGAGGCGGAGCCCGAGGAAGGUGAGGGUGUCACAUGGCACCUGGGCGACGUCCUGUUCCCCACGAGGAAGGGCUACCAGAUCAAGGAGAGUGCCUGCAGAACGCCGAGGACUACGUCGGGGAGGCGGAGCUCCUGGAGAGCCCCCUGGCGCCUCCCCUAG